CUCGUGGCUGGUAUCCGCCCUCGUCCGCAUGACCAUCACUGCCUCCUCGGGACAUCCCGUCUCAGACCAUGGCGCCCAAGUCGUUCAAUUUGCUUUGGACUACGUCGUCCCCAAAGAGCGCCUCGGCGAACUCGCUGCCAUCCACGUCCGCCGCUUCACCACCUACUAGCACCUUCACCUCACCGCCCUCGCCAGCGGGAGUCUAUCUCGCCGAUUUGCCCGUAGAACUACAGUUCCUCGUGCUGUCCCAUCUCCCCAUUCGAUCUCUCUCCAAAGGACUUGCCAGAACAUCGCAUCACUGGGCUGGGACCAUAGAUGAGCAUCUUCGCCGCGAGGUACAGCGACUCAUCGGUGGGCCACAACCUCCUGGGGGCUGCACACUAGUCUUCGAAGCUCAAAGGCCGAUCGAUACGCUCACGCACAAGCAUCGUCUCUAUUUCUCCCAUUUCGGUGUAACGAAUUCGACGGGAGGAGCCUACUCUACCACUGCUAAUUUCUCCUUUCUCCCGAUCGAGGAGCCCAGCGAGGCUCCUUCGCAUUCGCGCGAAAGAUCCAAUGGUGGAGACGGAGCAGGUGAUGGGGAGAGCAGGCCUGCUGUUCUACGAAAUCUGCCACAUCAUCUCGCCGGACGAGUAAGAGAGGAACACUGUACCAGCUCCGUCACCCUCGAUGAGCCGGGCUCGUCGCGAGGAAGGGACACCCAGCCUGGAUCAUCGAGAGGCAGUGGGGCUGCUACGCCUGUGGCUGUUGCUGCACCGCCUCUUGACGCCAUUCAUCAUCCCCUCGACGCCUACGAUUGGGCUGGACCUGUCUCCUCGUACGUCAAUUCCCCUCCAACAUCUCAAUCCCGCUCCCGCCCGGAUGUGACCAGAGCCGAGCGAAGAAGGAAAAUCAGCAAGCCGACCUACAGGAUGCAGCUCGAUCCACUUGACUCUUUCGAGACGUGGAUUCUCACGCUCGCCGUUAGAGUCUCCUCUUCGGCCCCGCUUGCCAAUCGGAGCAAGACUGCAUUUGACCGCUUCGGCGAGAAGCACCGGAUCAGCUUCGAGACAUCAGCUGACGGACCCACUCAGGCUGCUUCUAUUGGUCCAGCAGGGCUGGAGAUGAGCCGCGCCAUGCGAUGGGAGAGACGAGUCGCGGAAGGUCUGGAUAGAGUGUACAGAGACUGGUUCCAUCGGCCCGAAGCCGGGGAGAUACCCAUCCCAGCCAGGACCAAAAAGAGCAAAGGCUCCGAUACUGGUAACGCUAGCCAAAGUGUGACAAGCUCAGUCACUCCCGAGCUGAUCUCAACCUUCGGGGCCGUGAACGAAGCCCUGGGUCUAGAUCGUGAGGGUAUGCAGGACGAAGAGGAAGGAGACACCGAGGCAUACCCGCACCCGACGCCCACUCCGCGUCGUCGUCUCCUCGAGUUCGACAACUCCUCUUGCGUGUUGCAUCUACAGCCGCACGCCUGCUCUUCACCUCAACUGCUCAACCUCCACCCUACCCUGGCCUACUUCUACACCCCGCCCGUAGCAGCAGAAGCUGCCCCUUCCUCUUCCUACCCACCGGGUAGCUCUUCCGCCGUCCCUCUUCUAAAUCCUUCGUCCUCUGCCCCCUCUUCGACCUCGGGCUCUGGCGCAGGCGCAAGCGCGAGUCUGGGCAACCUGAGUGGCUACCAGUACGACUCUACCUCGCGAUAUCACGCUCUCCACUCUCGUCUACAAGCAUCUCAUCGUGUCGAGCUCACAUGGCACGCAGAGAGUAUUGAAGUCAAUGCAGGCCGGCUACUUAGCGUCCUCGAAGACGUGGAGACGGAGAGACUCAGCUGGGAGAGACGCAAUGGCGCUCGUGGUUCGGAUCAGGAGAGGGACGCUUGGGGAAGAGUGUACAAGAGGGAAUCUGUUGGCAAAGCAGUCACUGCUGCUGCCGCUGCCACUUCUGGAGGAGGUGGAGGUGGGGAUGAUCGGCAUGCAAGUUCGAUUUUGGCUGGAGUAGACGGGAGUAGACAACGUUGGCGUGGACUGGAAGAUGAAGAGCUAGGCGUAGAAGUGGAGAGUAGGGGAACCAUUCCGCUUUGGUUCGGCAACGGAACGUUGGGCACGUACUUCACUGGCGGAUGAGGUGGUGGGGUGGAAUUGACUGGUUUGUCUUGUACUUCUUAUACACUGUAGCACAAAGGUGGUGAGAAGAGCGAAGAAGGGGAGGAAGAAGACCGAGCACAUCGCUAUUUGCGAAAGAUGUUCUCAUAAUUGUUGUAAUCUACAUGAAUCCUCUAGUCUCCCCACAUAGCUCGCGACU